AUGGCAAUGUAUUCUUCCCUUCCUGUGUACGCCAUUCUUUUGCUUCUUUCUUGGACAUUCAAUUCGUUGCCUCUUUGUGCAUCCGAUAACCGGAUUGUCGCUGGCAAGCCGCUCUCCCCUGGCAAUGUCCUCGUCUCUCAAGAUGGGGUGUUUGCCCUGGGAUUCUUCUCCCCAUCCAACUCCACCAAGAACUAUCACUAUGUUGGCAUAUGGUACAAUCGCAUGCCGGAGCGCACGGUGGUAUGGGUUUCUAACCGUGCGGCUCCGAUCACCACUAACCUCUCCUCUGCAAAUCUUGUCGUCACCAACAACUCCGACAUAGUCUUGUCUGAUAGCAAUGGUCGUGUCCUCUGGACAACGAACAACAGCAUCAGCAUGAAUUCCAUCUCGGUGGAAGCAGUGUUGGACAACACUGGCAACUUCAUCCUUAGAUCACUAGCUGACAGUGCCAUACUAUGGCAAAGCUUCGACCACCCCACCGACACCCUCCUACCCGGCAUGAACAUCAGGCUCAGCCACAACACGCUUCCACUGCAGCACCUCGUCUCUUGGAAGGCCCAACAUGACCCAUCCCCCGGUGAGUUCUCCUACGGCGCAGACCCUAGCAGCCUCCUCCAGUGCUUCAUUUGGAAUGGCUCGAGACCACACCUGCGAAGCCCGGUGUGGACAAACUACCUCUACAUGGACAAAUUCAACAAGUCUGCCAUUUACAUGGCCUUACAUCACGCCGGCGAUGAGGUGUACAUGUCCUUCGGCAUGCCGACUGGUUCCUUCAUCCUGUUGGUCAGGAUGCAGAUUGACUACUUGGGCAAGGUAAAUAUACUAAGCUGGGACAGCAACAUGUCAGUAUGGAGAGCUCUGUAUGCAGAGCCUCAACAUGAGUGCAAUACGUACGGCUACUGCGGUCCUUAUGGUUACUGCGACAACACAGCAACCGUCCCAGUUUGCAAGUGCCUUGACGGUUUUGAGCCGAGGGAUGGUAAAGGAUGGAUCGCCGGUAGCUUCUCACAGGGAUGCCGACCGAAGGAGGUGCGAAGGUGCACCCAUGGAGAUGAUUUCCUAGCCUUUCCAGGCAUGAAGGUCCCUGACAAAUUCCUUCAUCUCCCGAGUAGAAGCUUUGACGAGUGCAGAGAGGACUGUAGAAGCAAUUGCUCCUGCGUGGCAUAUGCUUACUCCAGGAUGAGCAACAUGGAUAUUGAUGGAGAUGACACAAGAUGCUUGGUAUGGAUGGGAGAUUUGAUCGACAUGGAGAACAACACUCAAGGAGGGGAGGACCUCUAUGUUCGGACUAGAAUAUUGCAAGGUAUGCAUGGUUUAUUGCUCCUAUUUGUCUAGUUGUUUCUAUAUCUUUUACUAGUAUGAGUUGAUAGAGAUAGAUUCUUUUCACUUCUUUUAUUUGAAGAGAAUAAUUGGAGAAAGAGUGCCCUCGUGUUUUUAUUCAAGAAAGGAGUCUGCUAUGAAUGUGGUGAUAAGCACUGACAAUCUUUGGUUAUUCUCCUUAUAUUAAUUAUUUUUUGUGCAGGUGACAUGAAAAAGAUCACAACCCUAGAAAUUGUAUUAUCAGUUGUUUCAAGUUUUCUAGUACUCAUAUGCGUGGGGCUUAUUUGCAUCUAUGCUUUUAGAGGUAGGAAACUAUUGCUUUAGUUCUAAUUUUUAUGUCAUCUCUAGUCCCAAGAAACUGAGGAGAUAGUACUCACACUCCUUACAGGCAAUCGCGGAAGCAAGGUUGUCUGGGGAAGGCUGAUGCGACGGGAUACAGGAAAUUACAAUGAGCUCGCUGAUAGUAACACAGAUUUUCCCAUUUUUAACUUCAGGGUAAUUGCUGCCGCGACAAAUAAUUUCACUGAAUCCAACAUUCUUGGCAAAGGAGGCUUUGGCAAUGUUUAUAAGGCAAGAAGUAUUUGUACUUAUAAUUAGAUUUCUCUCUGUUUUUUCCGAGGGAGAUAGUUAGAUCACUAAUGGAAGAUCCAACUUUCUUGACUCAAUAAUACCUCAUGCAUGUUUCAGGGAAGGUUGGAAGAUGGUAGGGAAAUUGCUGUGAAAAGGCUUCGUGUAGGUUCUCUCCAAGGGGCAGUGGAGUUCAAAAAUGAAAUAGCUCUGAUUUCUAGGUUGCAACACAGAAACUUGGUCAAACUUCUAGGCUGCAGUAUUCAUGAAGAUGAAAAGCUUUUGAUUUAUGAAUAUCUACCUAACCGAAGUUUGGAUUACUUCAUUUUCAGUAGGUUCUGCUCACUUGUUGCAAAAUCUUUA